AUUUGGUAAGAAGCGGUAUAAAUCAACCAGUGAUAGUUAAUCAUAUUAGUUGCAGUUAAUACUUCUAGGUACUUAUUUUAAAUUAUAAUUAUAAUGUAUAUUAGAACAGUUAUAUGUGUGUUUGCCGUUUGCGUUCAAACGAUCACCGCCCAGUACUACGACUACUGCCCCGAACCUCCCAUCGUAGCCUUCACCAAAACCCUCGUAAACAACGAAGGCUGCCCUAUAUCCAUAACCUGCACUUGUCCCAUUGCACCAUCCGGAGUUUCCCUACUCUCCGACCUUGGCAUGCAAGGUCAGCUGGCCGUUUCUGGUUCCAUGCCGUUCCUAAGUGCGGUGCAGAUGCAGGGCACGCUGCCGUCGACUGGUCAAGCUACAGUAGACUAUGGGUGCGGAGACGGCGUCGCUAUAACGCAGGAAACGGGGAACCCGUGCGGGCCCAACGCCAAGUUUGCGGGCGGGUUGAGCACGGCUGACCUUGCUUUAGUUAGACGUUGAAUUGUGAAUAUUUCUUAGAUAAUACAAAUAAUAAGUCGGACACGAACCGCCAACAAUAAAAUAAUACCACAAAACAAAUGUAGUGUAAAAAACUCCUUUACAAAUUGGAAUUAUAAGAAUUCUUACCGAGAGUAAAAACAAUAACUUUGAUUACACUUCACAAAAGUCUUGCUUCUAGGAUUUAGUAAUUAUAUUUAUUUGUAAAUGUUAGACAUAAGAUACCUAUUGUACAAAGUUAAAUGAUAUUAAAUCGUUAAAAAUGUUGCAAUA